UGUUGGUAGUGAACGUAAAGCUUUACUUACCAUACGGUUUCUGAUAAUUAAUUAAUUGAUAAGUAUGUGAAACUACAACGCAUAACAUAUUUUAACCAAAUAAACACAAAAACAGUUUUUCGUCAGAAAUACAGAAGAUAUGAAACGUAUUUAAGUUUGCGAAUCCUGUUUGAAAUAGGGCGUGAAGGACGACGGGACACAUGAUACAGUGAAAAAAAACAACAAGAUAUCAUGACGGGUGGCAGCAGACGAUCUAACCAAGAGAAUACGGACCCGCUUGCAUUGAAAUUUGCACUUUCAGCAUUUUCUGCAGUUGUAGCAGAAGCAGCAACAUAUCCAUUUGACAUUACAAAAACAAGACUACAGCUGCAGAGGGAGGGUGUCCUUGCAAGCAACAUAGGUAACCAUGGAGUGUGUGCCCCGCAACGUGGUAUGGUGGCCACAGCUGUUGGCAUUGUGCGAGAGGAAGGUUUGGCGAGUAUUUACCAAGGAUUAAUGCCGGCUCUUUGCCGACAUGUAAUUUAUACAGGUUUGCGUAUGUCUUUCUAUGAGGUGAUACGAGACAGUAUAUUGAAGAAGGAAGCAGAUGGAUCUUAUCCUGUUUGGAAAGCUUCUUUAGGUGGUCUAACGGCUGGAGCCCUAGGCCAGUUUGUUGUUAGUCCAGCAGAUCUAGUCAAGGUACAGUUACAGAUGGAAGGCAGACGGAGAUUGGAAGGCAAACCACCCAGAGUGAAAGGUGGAUUGCAUGCACUGAAAAAGAUAUCAGCUGAGGCAGGAUUUAAAGGACUCUACCGUGGCUGUGUUCCUAAUGUACAAAGGGCAGCACUAGUAAACAUGGGAGAUUUAUGUACAUAUGACACAACGAAACAAGCAGUGUUGAAGUGGACAACACUAAAGGAUAACUAUGUAACACACACAAUAGCAAGUGCCACGUCUGGUUUGGUAGCAGCCACACUGGGUACACCAGCAGACAAUGUAAAGACAAGAAUCAUGAACCAGCCUACAGAAAACGGCAGAGGUUUGCUGUAUAAAGGUUCGGUAGACUGCCUAGUGACCACUGUUAAACAGGAAGGAUUCUGGGCCCUGUACCGAGGUUUUGUCCCAAUAUGGCUGCGGAUGGCCCCCUGGUCCCUUACAUUUUGGCUGACAUAUGAACAAGUACGACGGUGGUCUGGUGCAAGCUCCUUCUAGUAAUCAACACCAGCUAUUGAUGUGUGACUGAAACAACUCCAGCUAACAAUUUGUGACUGAUACAACUCCAGCUAAUGAUGUGUGACUGAUACCAACUCCAGCUAAUGAUGUGUGACUGAUACCAACUCCAGCUAAGGAUGAGUGACUGAGACAAGUCCAGUUAAUGAUGUGUGACUGAUACCAACUCCAGCUAGCGAUGUGUGACUGAUAAAUUUCCAGUUAAUGAUGUGUGACUGAUACAACUCCAGAAAAUGAUGUGUGACUGAUACCAACUCCAGCUGUUGAUUGAUGUGUGACUGAUACCAACUCCAGCUAAGGAUGAGUGACUGAUACAACUCCAGUUAAUGAUGUGUGACUGAUACCAACUCAAGCUAGCGAUGUGUGACUGAUAAAAUUCCAGUUAAUGAUGUGUGAUUGAUACAACUCCAGAAAAUGAUGUGUGACUGAUACAACUCCAGAAAAUGAUGUGUGACUGAUAUAACUCCAGAUAUUGAUAGGUGACUGAUGCAAGUCCAGAUAAUGAUGUGUGACCCUUACAACUCCAGGUAUGGAUGUGUGACUGAUACAACUCCAACUUGCGAUAUGUGACUGAUACAACUCCAGUGCCAAAUCAAAUGCUAUCCUUUGUUAUAUCAUUCGAUACUUAGUAAUAUUUCUAUGAUAUUAAGAAUACAGGUGUGUGUAUGUGGUAAAUUGAUUUUAGUAUAAUCCUGUAUAAUACCCGUUCAUUCUUGGUGUGGUGUAUGUAUAUAGACAUGGUUAUUUCUGCAAGGGAUAAUGAUAGAAGUGAUAUAACACAACCAAUAUGAUAUUUGAGAGUGUGACUUUUCGAUGACUACACUGUCACCCUCAUCAGACUAAUGACCAUUGUUAAGCCUACUUGCACUGAUAUAUGUAGUGUCCUAGAUUAAUUUGAUGAGGGCAGUUAUUUUUUGUGCUUGAAGUUUUGUAAGAUAACAAGUGCUACCCUCUGUACUGGGGACCUAUCUCCAAUAUGUACAUUGUACAAGUGCUACCCUCUGUACUGGGGACCUAUCUCCAAUAUGUACAUUGGACAAGUGCUACCCUCUGUACUGGGGACCUAUCUCCAAUAUGUACAAGUGCUGCCCUCUGUA